CAGGUUCUGAGUUAACACUCCCCCCUUUGGCUUGGAGAAUCCCCUGAAGACGAGCAGCCAGAUAAAAUUUCUCCUCUUGAAGGCCGGCAGCCAAUCGGCAGGCUGUGUGACCGGGACAAAGUCCUCUUUGCAUAGUCAUUUAACUCUCCUUUCCUUCCCCUUCACCUCCUCUCUGAAUGGUUUAACGUUACACCCUCUGCGAGACUUUACCUGUCCAGGUGAACUGCAGUGUUGAAAGUGAGCGUCGGCAAUGAAGUCACAGCUGCUCUGCUGAUGACCUCCUCAUCAGAUCCACCAUGACAUCCAAAGUCCUGCCCUCCAAAUGAGCAUCCAGGAGGAUAGUACAGCCUGAAGUCGCCCCGGCGAUGGCCGAAGCAUCGGCUCCACCUCUUUCCCCAUCAGGCUACGGACUGUUGUCUCCACCUCCUGACCUGUGCCCGACAUGUGGCCACAGUCACCAGCUGGAGGAGAACCAUGAAUACCAGUACGAGGACGAGGUGGACGACGACCUCGUCUGUCACAUCUGCCUGCAGCCGCUCAUCCGGCCUCUGGACACGCCUUGCGGACACACCUACUGCCAGGAGUGUCUCACCAGCUUCCUGCUGGAGAGCGACUUCUGUCCCGUGUGCCGGGCGCCCCUCAUGCUGCAGAGCUGCAGGAAGCCCAGCCUGCUGGUGCACAAGCUGCUGGACAAGCUGACCGUUGCCUGCCCCUUCCCAGACCAUUGCACUGAAACGUUGCCCCGUGGUGAACUAGCAGACCACAUCAAAAGCAGGUAGGCUGGCAGAAACACCACUGAAACCACCACUUACAUAAAUAAUCUGUAUUCUUAUUAAACACGUAACCAAGUACGCCUGUUUUUAGCUUUUUUGGCCUCACUGUCUGCUAAAAACUACAAUGACCUGUAGUAAACACACGCAUUAAGUUUCCCGCCCUCCUUAGCCCGUCGCCAUUAACCCGCAGCUCCAGUCCCAAAUUGGAAAGUUCUUCUUCCAACCAGGCUUUCAUCUAAACUAGGCCCAGCUCCUCUGUUUAUAUAUCAUUAAAAGACAGUACUUGGGUUUCUCUCAGUCUGGGUCUGUUUUCAUUAAGGCUCAUUAACACUCCCCUCGCCCAAAGGCCGCUGGGAUAAUUAGU